CGGAAACGGAUUCAUCAGUCACACAAUGUUGCCAUGGCAAGGCAGGAGUUGAUAGAGAAACAACUACAACAACACAAAGACAUGUUGAUAGAGACACACGACACCAAUGAAUCAAUGAUUAAUUAAGGUGUAGAAAAAUGGUUUUCAAAAGAAACACGGUAUGUAUACCUCUUGGUCCAUUUUGACUUCCAUACAGGUGCUCUCGCCGACUCGGACACUCCUGGUCGAUGUUUCCGUCUGGAAGUUGAAGGCUGACGGCCUACUUUCUGUUCACACAUUUGUGUAUUUGUUUGUUUUUCUACUUGUUUUCAAUUGUUUUCUUGCAGUGAUAUUUAUAUAUCAUAGUGUAGCUAAUUUACAAUUUGAUGUUAUAGUAUUUCACUGUUGCAUUAUAGUUUUUGCCAUUACAGAGGAAGUAAAAACUCCACCCCCUGCUUUAUUGAAAGGCCCACUGCGGGUCCUCAAUCCCACUCCCCAUUCAACUGCUACAUCUCAUCAUCAUGCUGCAGUGCUAAGAGACGUUUUUCAUAGAGGAAACGAGUUACGUGAUGUGCUGGCUCAAUCAGAUCAUAUGCUGUCACAGGUGAAAGACAUGUUUGGUGAUGAUCCACAGCAUUACACUGGGUUUCCAACGCUAACUGUGGCACCAAGUAGUGUGUCACUCAAAGAAAGGGCUGCAUCACAGGAUGCUUCCAAAUACCCAAGUGUACUCUACUCUCCAGCAGGUAUUAGGGAUGACAGUCUAUCCAUCAUUUCAAAACCUGCACUCAAUGAUGAAGUGGAAGAUAAAGAGAACGUUGGCAGGGAGAGUUUUGACGGUUUAAGAGAUGAUCACCACAACUCAGUCAGCUCACCAAAUGACAGACAUUCACCAAUAUGUGCCAGUGAAGAGUCUCACCAGGAAGGUGUGUCUCUAAGUCUUUCUACAAAUGCAGUGCUAAGCAUCACUGCCGCUCACGACAAAGCCUCUUUGGCAGGUCAAAGCAUUAUAUCAGGUGCUGGGCAUAUCAUCGCAUCUGCGGACUCACAAAAGUUGAACAUCGAUGGUCUGUCAGUUGUGUGUGAAGAAAGUGAGCAUUCUCACAGCUACACGUUUGCAGAGCAGAACAGGUCUGGUGCACUUACUAUGGACAGCUUUGGCGUGGUGUUAGAGAGUUUAGAGCAGGAGAUUAUGGAUUAUGAGGCGGCAACUGGACGAGAACCUGCUCAUCUUGGUUUGCCAUCAAAGAGUGGUUCAACCGUUGGAGGAUACACAGCUAUUUUACUGAGUGCAGUUGUGAGGUUAACAGGCUAUCUUAAAGAGAGUUAUCUCCAGUUGCAACGCGAAGUUGCGGUUAGAAACAAACUCCUGGAAAGUCUGUCUCUGCAGCAGUCUCUCCUAGACCAGUUCUCCUCAGACAUCCUAGAAAUGCAGCAACUAUUCAACACUUCGAUGGCGGAUGCCAAGCAACAAAACGCGCAUCAAGUUGCCAGUCUGCAGGCCCGAAUCAGUAGACUAGAAGCAGCGUUGUCUGGCAACUCGAGAACGGCAGCAGUUGGUAUUGGUAUGGCCGCUCCCAGUCACCAUCCCGUUGCUGGCGGCGCGUCUACAUCACGUGAUGAGGCUAUAAUUCCGUCGUUUGCGGCUCAAGAAAAUCGCGAGACUUUAUCCAACGUACAGCUGCCCUCGUCAACACGGAACGCCGACGCCGACUCCUCCGUUGCUCCGGUAACGUGAAGAUGGUAUGUACAGUGUUCAAACAGACGGUUGCCGUGACAACGAAGGUCGGAGUGAUUGAGUUACUAGCCGUGGGAAGACGAUGAAAUUAUAGAAGAGUCAGUUACAGACGUAACGUUCAUUGCAGUUGUAUUGAGCAACUGAUCGUUGUGGUUGAAUUAUUGAGAUUUAUUUAAUUUAUUGCGUCUAGUAUCUCGCAAUUGUGUAGCCA